AUGUCGAAGGAAAAACUGUUGUCCUACAGCGCAGCUAUUCAGACAGCAAAUGCCUCCCUCUAUCGCUUCCCUCUCAUCCCAGUCAGAGGAGUUCCUCUCACGUGCUUGAUCGCCAACAACUGGGACUCCAUCUGGGCUUUCCGUCCUGACCCCUCGGACCUCCUCAUUGCCACCUACCCCAAAGCAGGGACCACAUGGACCCAGGAGAUAGUUGACCUGCUUCUUCACAACGGAGAUGCUGAGGCCUGCAAACGAGCCCCCACACCUGAACGUUGUCCUUUCCUGGAACUCUUCUCCCCACCACCCAUCCCCUCAGGUAUUGAUCUUCUUAACACCAUGGAUCCUCCAAGAGUCAUCAAGACACACCUUCCUUUUCAGCUGGUGCCUCCUGGAUUUUGGGAAAACAAGUGCAAGGUUAUCUACGUAGCACGCAACGCCAAAGACAACCUGGUGAGCUACUACCACUUUGAUCGUAUGUAUCUGACCCAGCCUGAUCCUGGUCCCUGGGAGGGCUACAUACCCAAGUUCAUGCGAGGAGAGUUGGCCUGGGGCUCCUGGUACGACCAUGUGAAAAGUUACUGGGUGGAGAGAGAGAAGAAGAACAUCCUUUACCUCUUCUAUGAGGACAUGAAAGAGAAUCCUCGGCGUGAAGUGGAGCGCAUCAUGAGGUACCUGGACUUGUCAGUGUCUGAUGAGGUCAUCAGCCGGAUUGUGGAGCUCACGUCCUUUAAGAACAUGAAGGAGAACCCAAUGACCAACUACUCCUUCAUCCCAGCGACUGUUUUUGAUCGCUCCAUCUCCUCCUUCAUGAGAAAAGGUGAAGUCGGUGACUGGAAAAAUCAUUUCACAACCGAGCAAUCAAAGACGUUUGAUGAAGAUUAUGAAAAGCAAAUGAAGGGAGUCAACAUACCAUUCAGGACCCUCAUCUAACCAAUUUUGGGUUUCCAAACUGACACAGCUCUGCAAACAACAGAACAAUGAACCAAAGACCAAUGAACUGACACUGCAGCACUCAGAAGGCAAGAAUACUGUCAGAAAAUCUGACAUGUGCUAAACACUAAAACAGAACAUAAAUAAAAAUAAUUUGAGCCUGGAUGUUAAACACUGUAAUCAUACAAUGAAAGGAUCAAUAAAAAUGUGCUCCACAAAA